AGCUGUGGGGACGCGAAAGCAACUUGAAACCGGUCUAUGGCUGCACCCUGAAAAGUCAACAACCUCUCUUCCAACAACAGCUUCCUUACGGCUUACUUGCACCCUUUCACCAGUGCUGUAUUGCUUCAUCUCACCUCCAUCACAACCAACCAACCUACACUCACUCGUACACAUUCACUUCUACUCUUGGAUAGUGUGCAGCAACCAUUAUGCCUCCUCCCAAGCUCCCUAUCAGCUCCAUUCUCUUACCAUGUCUGGUGCUCCUGAUCUUCUGGGCACGCCCGACCGCCGCCUUCGGUGCCGGCAACAUCGCCUCGCUGUCGAAGAUUGAGGGCCAGAACUGGCGCCAUGGAGAUAUCGAGGAUACCCUGCUCAACCUGCUCAUGUCCGUCCGCUCCAACAAGAAGUUCAGCAAGAUGGACGUCAAGCGUGUUUACUUUGGCAAUUGGCUUCGUGACUAUUCGCAAGCUGUCGAUGUCGGUACCGUGAAGAUGGUAUCUGCUGAGGCUAUCCGCAUCCUCAUCUGGAUUCUUGGAUUCCUCAGCUUCGGAUACGGAACUGGCGAGUUCGAGGUCACCACAGAGAGGCUUGGCUGCUACAGGCCCGAGGAACAUAUCGAUAACCCCAAGGACUAUGCCGAUAAUAUCGACGCACGUCAGUACGACCGUCGUCUCCGUGGCCCCAUCGACGAGAGGCGCGAACUCAGUGUUGAUGAGCGAACCGGCCUGAAGAACUAUAUCGCGUCCGAGGACUUGGGUAUCAUGACCUCGGCAAGCAUGGUCCGAGAUUUGUUCCGCCGUUGCAUAGACCUUGGACGCCGAUCCCAGGGACGCGGAAGAGACUUCUACGAAGCACUUCGACUUCUCGGAACCGCCUGCCAUUGUCUUGAGGAUUACUCUGCCCACUCCAAUUAUGUCGAGCUUGCUUUGAUCGAACUCGGUGAGCGCGACGUGUUCCCUCACGUCGGCCGCAGCGCCCAAUUUCGAGUCCAGGGUGCCAGGGAUUCCGUCUACCCAAUUGUCACUGGAACCUUUGGAGGAGUCGACUUCCUUCACAGUGUCAUGGGUGAAUUCAACGACAAGGCCACCCAGUCUGAGCUUCAGGAACUGGAGGGUGCCAUCUCGGAUGCCGAUAGGAAGAAGAACAAGAGCAAGAUCAAGGACUUGCUCAGCCAGCUUCCCGACGGAAUCUUUGGUGGCAAGGACCAAGCAGGCAAGGCCGACGAAUUGGAGAACAACGCCAACGCUGCAGCCAUGGGCAAUAUGCACAUAUCUCCUAAGGAGCCAGAGGCCUUUACCCAGCAGAUGCAAGAGCUCGUCAAGCAGAUCUACCCCAUCAUGGAAUUCCACGACGAUAUCAUGCAGUCCAUCUCCGCAUUCAUCGAGAAGAUCCCCAUCCUCCCCGAGCUUAUUGAGCAGGUCCAGGAGCAGGUUACCGUAUUCGUCUUCAGUCUUUUGGCUCCAUACAUCUUGCCCAUCAUCGAUCAAGUCAAGGCGGAGCUCGAGACCGGUUCUUCCGAGGUCAUCUCCAGCUCUCGCGACAAGCAGCACGUUGUUUUCAACGACGAUUACUCCACCGACCCUACUCACAGCAUGUUGUCCAAGGAUCAUUUCAGCAACGUCCUAAACGAGCCCGCUGGCCGCAUCGCUUCUGAGGUCUUGAAGUGGGUCGUGCCACAGAUCGUGCAGUGCUGGGACGACGACCGAGUCGAUGCUGAGCGUACCAUUCAGCGUAUCGUGCAGGGUGUGUUCCACCACCCGGCAUUGUACAGAUAUGGCGACGAUGGCGCUGCCGAUGGCCGUGCCCUUAUGUUCCGCACCGUUGAGAACUGGUGGCGCGAACAGGGCUCGCGUGGCCAGAGUGAAUUGCGUGAGAAGCUUAGCCGCAGCGGAGUCCAACAGGGCCGUAACCACAAGCCCGGAGUGCACGACAAGGGCCACGGCUGCGGAAAGCCCAUCGGCAUGGCCAACGACUUCGGCGGUUCGUCUGGCGGAAGCAAGAAGGGUGGCGACCAGGCCUUCCAGGAGAUCGGUGGACAUGCAGGAAAGCUUGCCAGUGAGGCGGUCGGAGGUGGUGCUCUCGGUGGCAUCGUUGGCGGUCUCGUUGGCGGCAUUGGAGGAAGUCUCCUCGGUGGAGCCUUCGGUGAAGACGAGAAGAAGAGCAAGAAGAGCGAGAGCUACGGCGAUGAUGGCUCGUACUCGCAAUCUUACUCCGAAAAAGGCCACCACAAGAAGAAGUCCCGCGAUGACUCCGAACGAUAUGGCCAAGCAGAGUACACCCAGACGCAAUACCCUGGUGGUGGACGCCGUGAGGAGUUCUCUCGCUACGAACAGGACGAGCGCGGUGGCAAGUAUGGCUACCAGCAGAAGGUCGAGACAACCAGCUAUGGCGGAUCCGGCAGUUACGAGCGCCACGAAGAGCGUCGCGUUGAAAGCGGCAAUCGAUGGCAGGAAGAGGACCGCCGAGAAGGCGUCGAUGACAGUGGCCAGUACUAUUCUCACAAGAAGGAGUAUACCAUCUCACGUCCAAAUCCCUGUGUAGUGAUAGCUAACAAGUGAACAGGAAGCAUGGCAAGAAAGACAAAUACAGCCGUAACUCUGAGGAUGAAUCGGGAGGAGACUCCGGAGAAGAUGACUACGAGAAGCGUCGCAA